AUGGGGCAACAGUCAGACGGAGAUGCUGCCGUUGGGAGUUCUACAGAAUUUCAGAUUAGGCAAUCAUUCCAGAAUAAAGAGGAAGUUGUUUUGAGUGUGAAGGAUUAUAGCAUCCGUCAAGGUAUUGAGUACAGGGUGUUAGAGUCGGAUCAUCUGAAGUAUCAUAGGAAAUGCAAGGAGUUCGACAAAGGUUGUAGUUGGUUGAUUCGCAUCUCGCUUCAUGCGCGAAAGGGAACUUGGGAGGUGAGGAGGUACAACGGUCCGCACACUUGCUUGGCCACCUCCAUUUCGAGUGACCAUCGGCAGCUUGAUUACUAUGUUAUCUGUGCGAGGAUCUAUUCAUUGGUUAGGGCGGAUGCUGCGGUUACGAUUAAGGUCUUGCAGGAAGCAACGGAAGCCAAUUAUGGAUUCAGGCCUAGUUACAAGAAGGUUUGGAUGGAAAAGCAGAAGGCAAUUGCACAGAUAUACGAGAAUUGGGAAGAGUCGUAUGCCGAGUUGCCACGUUGGAUGCUAGGCGUCCAGUCCACCAUGGCCGGCACGGUUACAGUGUUGAAGACUUCUCCAAUUCAUCUUGGGGAUCAGGUCGAUGAGUCGACAGUCUACUUUCAUCGUCUUUUCUGGACAUUUCUACCCUGCAUUGAGGCCUUUCGACAUUGCAAGCCCCUCGUGAGCAUUGACGAUACCCACUUGUAUGGCAAGUAUGGUGGUACCUUACUGCUGGCUAUAGUGCAAGAUGGGAACUCAAACAUCUUGCCGAUAGCGUUUGCACUUGUGGAGAGAGAAAAUGCGGAGUCAUGGUCCUUUUUCUUGUCCAACCUAUGA